CGCAGUGUAAUAAUUCUGGUUGUCCCAGUCGUUUGCUGUUCUUCUACCUCACUUCCAUGAGAUAGCCACUGCGCCCCGGCUCCUUUCCGGCUUUCUAUAUUCCGAAACCGCGGCAUCACCAUGCUGCUCACACAUACUUCGUCGCGAUGGCGGACAGCCGCUGUAUGCGCUCUGGCAGCCACCGCCUCGUGGCUACCAAGUGUCCAAGCAGCGGAGAAGACACAGGCGGACUACUUUGUGUCAAGUCUACCGGGCGCGCCGGAAGGGCCAUUGUUGAAGAUGCAUGCAGGCCACAUAGAAGUUGAUGCAGAGCAUAACAGCAACCUUUUCUUUUGGCACUACGAAAAUCGCCACAUUGCAGACCGACAACGGACGGUACUAUGGCUGAACGGAGGACCCGGUUGCUCGUCCAUGGACGGCGCCAUGAUGGAGAUCGGGCCCUACAGAGUGAAGCACGGUGGUCAUCUGGAGUACAACAACGGCUCGUGGGAUGAAUUCGCAAACAUGCUCUUCAUCGACCAACCGGUGGGCACGGGAUUCAGCUACGUGAACACGGACAGCUACCUCACCGAUCUGGACCAAAUGGCCGAGCACAUGAUGAUUUUCCUCGAGAAGUGGUUCAAGCUCUUCCCAGAGUACGAGAACGACGAUUUGUACAUUGCUGGUGAAUCCUACGCCGGCCAGCACAUCCCCUACAUCGCACGCGCCAUCUUGAACCGCAACAAGAACCAAAACACCGAUCCAAAGCCCUGGAACUUGAAGGGCCUCCUUAUCGGAAAUGGCUGGAUCUCACCCGCUGACCAGUACCUUGCGUACCUACCCUUUGCUUACCAGAACGGAAUGAUCCAAGCCGAUAGCGACAGCGCAAAGAGAGUCGAACAGCAACAGUCUAUCUGCAUACAGAAGCUGCAAGACGGCGGUCACGACAAAGUAGACACGAGCGAGUGCGAGCAGAUCAUGGUGGCAAUUCUGGAGGAGACCAAAGACCGAAAGGCCGACCGGAUGAACCAGUGCCUCAAUAUGUACGAUAUCCGACUCCGAGACGACUCCUCAUGCGGCAUGAACUGGCCCCCGGACCUCACUGACGUUACACCUUACCUCCGCCGUCCAGAUGUGAUCAAGGCUCUGCACAUCAACUCCGACAAGAAGACCGGAUGGUCCGAGUGCAACGGUGCCGUAUCCGGGCAUUUCCGUGCGAAGAACAGCGUGCCAACUGUCAAGUUUCUGCCUGAGUUGCUCACCGAGGUCCCGAUCCUUUUGUUCUCUGGUGACAAGGAUUUCAUCUGCAACCACGUAGGAACGGAAGCAAUGAUUGAGAACAUGAGCUGGAACGGCGGAAAGGGUUGGGAGGUUUCUCCUGGUGUGUGGGCGCCUAAGCAAGAUUGGACUUUCGAAGGUGAACCCGCUGGUACUUACCAGGAGGUCCGCAACCUCACCUACGUCGUCUUCUACAACUCCAGCCACAUGGUGCCUUUCGACUACCCCAAGCGAACUCGGGACAUGCUUGACCGCUUCAUGAACGUCGACAUUAGCGCAAUCGGUGGCGACCCUGCGGAUAGCCGCAUUGAUGGCGAGAAGGGCCCGCUCACGAGUGUGGGAGACCACCCGAACUCUACCAAAGCCGAGGAGGACAAGGCGCAACAACUCAAAGAAGCGGAAUGGAAGGCAUACUACCGCUCCGGCGAGGUUGUGCUUGUCAUCCUCAUCAUUGUUGCAUGUCUGUGGGGUGCAUUCCUCUGGCGCACUCGGCGUUCAACCAGCCUGUACAAAGGUGUCGAUGGCGAUGAGGGCCGAGAGUCUCUGCUCACAGGAAUGGGCCUCGACAACUUCCGCCGAGGGGCGCGGAGGCAUGAUGUUGAGGCAGCGGACUUUGACGAGAGGGAGCUCGACGACCUAGAUGAUGCGCCGAAGAAGCCUGCCAAUGGCUACUCGAAUGUAAAUAGCGAGAAGGAGAGGCAGCCCCAUAACGACUCCACGUUCAGUCUGGGGGCGGACAGCGAUGACGAGGCUGAGGGUAGCGAGCGAGGCCGGAGAAAGGAACACUCAUGA